AUGGGGACCGUGGAAUUGCACUUCAACAGCUAUUACGAUAUGCGCAGUGCGGAGUUUCAAGAAGAUAUGGAAUUGUACGGCAAAGACUCAUACCACUACGUGUACCCCUCGUUCCGGGAUUUUGAGGUGCUAUCGCACAUAACGAUCCAGUUCGAGAAACUUACCAAUCUCUGUCACUUACCGGCGUCGUUGAAAUACCUAAAGUUGCAGGGUUGCCAUUUCGACGAAAACUUGAAUGAGGAUUGCCUUCGCGGUAUGCUAAAGCUGAAGGACACAUGGUGCCCGCUGAUCGAGCAGCUGCAUCUUCAAGGCUUUAAUGUAUCAGAAGCCAUCGGCAUGAUCCGGGAAGUUGCGAAAUCCUUGGAUUUGCGGAUGUCUGAGUUCCUUGGCAGAGGUCUUGUCUGGUUCCCGAACCUCUGA